GUUUUAAUCUUAGUCAUCCACGGAAAUGGCCGACCAUGGAGGGCUGGCGAGAGUGUUGUCGAAGCAGGAUUUUAAUCCUGAAAAUUUUGUUGGCAAAUUGGCGGAGGGGCCAGGGGGAGAAAGUGAUUUGUUGGUUAUGAAAACGAAAGUCCAGGUCUUGUCAGACGAAACAGCCCACUCACUCAAGAAAAAUGUCUACAAAAAUUACUUUCAGUUCAUCGAGACAGCAAAAGAAAUAUCGAUCCUCGAGGGGGAGAUGUACCAGCUCAGUCACACCCUCACAGAACAGAAAAGUCUCAUGUCUUCCAUGAUGGAAAUGUCACUGGUCAGUGAUAAAGCUAUAGUUGAGGAACCAAAGGAACAAGAACAAGAUAACCCUGAAGAAGAAACCAGAAAAAACCUGGCCUUCCUCCUGGAGAAGGUCGAGGGCUGUUCUAGUGUAACAGAGGUCCCUGGCCGACACCUGGUACACAACAGUGACCUGGCAGAACUAGAUGCUGAGUCGUUUAUGCAGAUCCAACGAGUACAUUCCUUCCUCCUGAAUGACAGCCUGAUGAUUGCAACAUGGCUUCCUAAUAGGCGGGGACCAGUGAGGUACAGGUUCCAGGGCCUAUACGAGCUGGACAGUCUUGCAGUGGUUAAUGUUAGGGAUGCUGGACCAGUCAAGAAUGCCUUCAAGAUACUCAUGUUUCCUGACUCCAAGAUGUACCAAGCUGAUAGUGCUAAGGCCAAGAGACAGUGGCUGGACAUUUUGGAGGAGACAAAAAAGAGGAAGGCCAGCAGGGACAAACAGAAGAGGGAGGCUGCCCUUUUCUUAGCAGAACAACAGUUGGUUACCUUGACAACACCUACUGAGGAUAGUAAUCCAUUUGGAGAAGAAGAUGAAAGUGAGGCUCUUGCAGCCAUAGAAACAGAUUUCCUUAAUUCUGAUUGGAUACAGGAACUUCCAGAAGAUUUAGAUAUGUGUAUUGCGCAAAGAGACUUUGAAGGAGCUGUAGACUUAGUGGAGAGAGUUAAUGAAUAUUUAAAAGAUUGUCCAAAAGUUCCUGCCGUUAAAGAAUUCAGAGCAAGGAUUGACCACCGUGUGAAGCAACUAACUGAGGGACUGAUGGGGGAGUUACAGGUGUCCCCGGAGCGGUCCCUCAGGGGUGGACCGCGUGCAGCCAGACGCGCUGUGAUGCAGCUCAUCAGACUUGGCAAGUCUGCACAGGCUUGUGACUUGUUCCUGAAGAACAGAAGCUCUAUUAUCAAGUACAACAUCCGUCAGCUUAAAUUUGAGGGCGCCACCACACUGUAUAUCCGGCGACUGUGUGAUGUGUUUAUCCCAUGCCUUUCAGAGACAGGCAAAGAGUUUAUGAAGGCAUUCCAGGACCACUACGGCUGUAUGUCGGCAUUUGUUGUUUGGGCCAAGAAGGAGCUGCAGAUGUUUGUGUCAACAGUCAAUAGACAAGUAUUUGGAGGCAAAUCGUCCAUGUCAGUUAUUGCAGAGUGUCUUCACAACGCACGCCAACAGUGUGAAGAGUUGAGCCAGAUUGGCUUGGAUGUGAGCUUCCUGUUUGAAUCCUUGAUUGCCACAGAUCUAGAGAGGGUCAUCAGAGAAAACAAGGACCAGAUCAUUGAAGGGGUGAAAUAUAGAGCUCAGGAUGAUAAAUGGCGUCCAAUGAACCAUCUUAGUCACACAGACUGUCUCAAGUUUGUCGAGGAGAUGUCAGCCGGAGGUCUGGAUCUCAAAAACUAUAUCUACGAUGCUUGUUUCAUCAAUUUGACGAUGAAUACUGCCAACUUCUCCAAAUCUUGUUUGUCCUUUGCCCACGACGUCCUGUUGGUUCACACACCUGAGAUAGAUCAUCUUGUCACGGAGGCCAUCGCUGAUAUAUUCCGUGCAGAGGUCACUCACAUAGAGGAUUCGAUCAGGAAUAAAAACUUUAACAGAGAGCACAAAUUUAUCCUGAAGAAUGCCCAGUUUGUGCUGGAAGUGAUAAUGAGCAAGAUAGAAGCCGCAUACAAAGAGCAAGGAGUUGUCUUCCCCAAACAAUUACUGGACAUUAACGGGGAGUACAGACGGCUCAAGUCUGUUGUCAAGUCCCUGGGAGCCAGCUGAAACAGACAAUUUACUGGUGCUGUGUCACAAAGGAUUCGUUCUGACUUCUUAGGAAACACUAACAUUCAACCAGUAGUCCUCCAGAUAGUGAGGUUUCAAAAAAUUGUGCUGAAAUAUUCUUUCUGGAUUCAUGUUAAAGAAACUUUUUGUCUAUACAAUUAUCUAUUUCAUUUACUGGUUUGUAUGCAGAAAACAGCUAGCCUAAUUGAAUCAGCAAUCUCAAAAUUCCAUAAGUUGCAAUUUCAUUGAAUUUUAUUCCAUUUUCAUGUUAUACUUUCCCUUUAAUCUAAAAUAUGAUUCAAUAUUUUCUACCUUACAGAUAGUGUUGAAAGUUAAAAUCUUCUUCUGUUAAUAUUAUACAAUGAUGAUGGGUACAGGCUUACAGAAAGAUACAAAAUUUAUAUACUAAAAACAGUUCACAUUUUAAGAAAUGUAUUUUAAUCUUCCUCAUUUAAAGACCCUUAACCUUUUCAUCUUUGUUUUUCUGUCAGUUUAUUUUUUAACCUUGUUUGAAAAGAUGUCGCUGCUGAAGUGCGUUCUAUAUAUAGUUAAAUUUAUUAAAUUUUGAACAUUUCAUCACUUCGGGAAGAGGCCUAUGUUGGACCGUGCAAUAAUUAUAAACUACAGAGUUACAGUAUAUUGUGGCAAGUUUCCUAGAGCACACCUCCAUAUUAGCCAUGAUUUUCAUUUCUAUUAAUAUUUAUUCCUUCAGGGAACCAAUAAGUUCCAUUAAAAUCCUUCUUAAAAGUUGUGUAUGCCUAUGAUCUGUUUGAUGGUUGGCUUUUAUGGAAGUGUGUUGUUCACCUUUUGUUCUGAUAACUAUGAGGACUGGCUUCAAAGGAGGUGGGUUGUUCAGGUUUUGUUCCAAGAUCUACGAGGAUUGGCUUCAACUGAAGUAUAAUGUUCAGGAUUUAUUCCAAAUCUAUAAGGAUUGGCUUCAACAGAAGUGUGUCGUUCAGGUUUUGUUCUGAUAACUAUGAGGAUUGGCUACAAAGGAGGUGUGUGGUUCAGGUUUUGUUCGGAGAUCUACGAGGAUUGGCUUCAACUGAAGUAUAAUGUUCAGGUUUUAUUCCAAAUCUUUAAGGAUUGGCUUCAACAGAAGUGUGUCGUUCAGGUUUUGUUCUGAUAACCAUGAGGAUUGGCUUCAAAGGAGGUGUGUUGUUCAGGAUUUGUUCGGAGAUCUACGAGGAUUGGCUUCAACUGAAGUAUAUUGUUCAGGUUUUAUUCCGAGAUCUAUAUGGAAUUGGCUUCAACAGAAGUGUGUCGUUCAGGUUUUGUUCUGAUAACUAUGAGGAUUGGCUACAAAGGAGGUGUGUGGUUCAGGUUUUGUUCGGAGAUCUACGAGGAUUGGCUUCAACUGAAGUAUAUUUUUCAGGUUUUACUCCGAGAUCUACAAGGAUUGGCUUCAACAGAAGUGUGUUGUUCGCAUUUUGUUCUGAUAACUAUGAGGACUGGCUUCAAAGGAGGUGGGUUGUUCAGGUUUUGUUCCAAGAUCUACGAGGAUUGGCUUCAACUGAAGUAUAUUUUUCAGGUUUUACUCCGAGAUCUACAAGGAUUGGCUUCAAUUGAAGUAUAAUGUUCAGGUUUUAUUCCAAAUCUUUAAGGAUUGGCUUCAACAGAAGUGUGUUGUUCGCAUUUUGUUCUGAUAACUAUGAGGACUGGCUUCAAAGGAGGGGUGUUGUUCAGGUUUUGUUCGGAGAUCUACGAGGAUUGGCUUCAACUGAAGUAUAUUGUUCAGGUUUUAUUCCGAGAUCUACAAGGAUUGGCUUCAACUGAAGUAUAUUGUUCAGGUUUUAUUCCGAGAUCUAUAAGGAAUUGGCUUCAACAGAAGUGUGUCGUUCAGGUUUUGUUCAGACAUCUAGGAGGAUUGGCUUCGAAGGAGGUGUGUUGUUCAGGUUUUGUGCACGUUUUGUUCCGAGAACUACAAGGAUUGGUUUUAUGAAAGUUUGUUGUACAUGUGACGUUCCACGAUUUGUGAGGAUUAGUUUAUAAUGGUUUGGUGUGGCGGGAAACUGUAAGUGUCGUUUUAUGUUGUGAUGUAUAUCAUCUCACCAGAUUUCAUUUACAAGGAAAUACCAUGUAUUUCUAUAACUUUAAUGUUGCUUUGUGUAUUUGUCAUAAUAAAUGAUGUUAAACUGGAAA